AUGCCUACAUUGUUCAAAGAGACAUUACGUAGCAGUGUUGCUAUUUUUAAUGCCAAAGAUAUGAUACCCUUUCGAAACCAUAGUUCAGUCAUUUUUAUUGGUGACUCUCAACAUGCCAUGAGUCCAUUUGCUGGUAAUGGAGCAAACAUGGCUAUUAUGGAUGGUUAUCAACUUGCAGAUCAAUUAGUUCAUGCCAAAGACUUGAGUACAGCAAUAAAAUCUUAUUAUGAUUUAAGUAUUCCAAGAUAA